AUGGACGAGGAACAACAAGCCACCACGAAGACCUCCAAGAUGAGCCGCACCUCGGUCGUGCGGCGGCGGCUUUCGACGGCGACCGCGCCGACGCUAUGUGACAUGGCUCCGUUGCUGAGCCAGACACUGGACCUGGCGCGGCCGCGCGUCAAGGAGUUCCUCAAGCACGGCCUCGACGCACCCAUUGCCACGCACGGGGCUGCACGAGGAGGAACGACGAAUACGACGGCGACCUCCAACAUCACGUUCGGCUCUCUCCAAGGCACUGGAGCUGAGGACGACGAAAUUGCGAUCGAGAAACGCGCGCAGCUGAAGCGGCAACUGGAGCUGUUCCUGCUUCCCGAGCAUCCGCUUCUGUCUUCGGCGUUGCUUCGGCAGCCAGCCAUCGACAAGAACGAGCGGCACCCCUGGAUGAUGCAUCCCUACGGAAAAUUCAGGGCUCGUUGGGACAUGACGAUGGUGCUUCUGGUGCUGUCCAACGUGGUGCUGAUUCCGGUGCAGGUUACCUACUUCAGCACCGUCGACGACGAGAUCUUCCAGUGGAUGUUCUUCAGCCUCGUCUCAGACGCCGUCUUCGCCGCGGACAUCGUAUUCAACUUUAGAACUGGGGUGAUCGUGGAAGAGGACUACGAGCGCGUGGUGAUGGACCCAGGCUUCGUGGCGCGCAGCUACCUGCGUGGCUUCUUCCUCAUUGACCUGGUGUCCACGCUGCCCUGGGACUACAUGCUGGCUCUAAUGCUCGUCCUGGCGCACCACGAGGCCGACGAAGGGGACGCCUCGUUCGCCAACACCGUGCGCCUCCUGCACCUCACAAAGUUCCUCAAGCUGCUCAAGCUGCUCCGCAUCACCAGGCUGGUCCGGUACCUCGACAACGUCGAGCAGAACUAUUUUUUCUACUCAAGCGGCGUGUACCUGCGGCUAACCAACUACAUCGGGCUGCUGCUGCUCAUUGGCCACUGGAACGCGUGCCUGCAGUUCUUCGUGGCCAGAAUGCAGGGCUUCCCGCUGGACUCCUGGGUCGCUCGACAAGGCCUUGUGGGCAAGCCCUGGUUCGAGCAGUACUCCUGGUCGGUGUACAACGCCAUCUCGCAGAUGGUGUCGUGUGGCUACGGGCGCACGCCCGCCGCCAACGUGGCCGACGCGUGGCUCAUGUGUCUCGGAAUGGCCUCCGGCACCGUGGGGUACGCGCUCCUGCUCGGCCUGUGCGCCUCCACCAUACAGACCAUGGACUACUCGAGACGACUGCUCAGGGAGAAGCUGAAGGAAGUGGAAGACUACAUGCAGUGCCAGAAAUUCCCGACUAAGCUGCGCUCCCGAAUGCGUGACUACUUCGAGAACCGCUACGAAGGGCGCGUCUUCGACGAGGCCAAGAUCCUCGCAUCGCUCUCGGACCCACUCAGGGAGAGCUGGUUGUCGCGGCUUCAGCACGAGUUCUUCCAGCCGGGCGACCUGAUCGUCAAGCAGGACACGGUGGGCCACAAGAUGUACUUCCUACAGUCCGGAAAGGUCAACAUCGUCCACGACAACGGAGAGUUCGUCGCCAGCGCGUACGCCGGUGCCUACUUUGGAGAGAUGUGCCUGCUGACCCGGGCCCGUCGGCAGGCGAACGUCGUGGCCGAGACGUACUGCAACGUGCUGUCGCUGUCGGACGAGGACUUCCAGCGGGCACUCGACAAGCAUCCACUCAUGCGCCGAGCGCUGGAGGCACUCUGCGCCGAACAGGGCACCCAGUUGAACCCUGCGGCAAUGUUGUCACCCUCCCAGAUGUAGUGCCGUAGCAGACUAUAGCCGAGGGCCGUCGCCUCGUUGUGUGCGCUCGUGCUGUGGCGACCGCAUGUGGGAACCCGCCACGAGAAUGGGUCGUAUACUGCGUAGUUUGUGCCGC